AUGUCUGCACGGGAAGUAGAAUUGACUGGCGGCGCGCCGUGGGGCUUCCGGAUGCACGGCGGUGCUGAUCAAAAUCAACCACUGAGAAUAUCGAGAAGCUUCAGCGAUAUGCCUCAGCGAACAUCCAAUGUGAAUCCAGGUCGAAAGGCAUCUCUUAGUGGGAUUCGAGAAGGCGACGUCAUAACCUCAAUCAAUGGCAAACCAACGAAGGAUAUGAGCAACUCCGAUGCACACGCAAUGCUGAGAUCUGCAGGACCAGUUUUACGGCUAGGAUUGAACGAAGACAGAGAGACGUCACCGCGAAGAAGAUCUAUUGGUAAAGCAACAGAGUUAAAAAGACCUUCUCAACUAAUCUCCGAAAUAAAUAAUGGAAGAGCAACGCCACAGGCUCCAGUAUAUGCCACAAUACGGCCGGCGACUUCUAACAACAAACUUUCUUCACCGAUACGAUCUCUAAACUCCCCACUAAAUUCUACUCCACUUGUGAAGUCCAUAUCUCCUGAGCCGCUCAAAUUUCACCCAACUAAUCCUUUCUACUCCACAUUACCACAUUACACGAGCUCUUCAAAACUUCCUAUUCCGAAUGGCAAACCUUCCAAUACCCCAACACAUAGACCUAUCAAAUCAACUGACUCCUACAAUAAGAACAACGAAAAUGACUUAAAAUUAUCCUCAUUCUUUUCUAAGAAAUUCGACUCAGGUCCUAGUAGUAUACCGAAUAUGAGCACUGAAUCGCAUAUAAAUAAUUCUUAUGAAACAUCACCAAAGUGUUUAUCAAACGACUUAUAUAGUUCCUUUUCUGAUAGUCAAAUUAAGUGUGAAACUAGAAAAAAUUAUGACAUAAAAGAUAAUAUAAAUCCAUUUGAAACAAUGAAAGCUAAUGAUUUAAGAAACAAUUUCACAAAUUCGGAAGAUAAGUUAAAUAAUACAUCCAUAAACGGAUCUACCCUGAAUUAUUCUAAAAGCGAUGGUGACUUCCGGUUGAACGAGGAAGUUAUUAAACGUUCUAUGAUAUCUGAGAAGAAAAUUAGUGAGAUCGAAGAAACAAAAACGAUAAAGAAAAUAACACUUAAUGGAUCUAGUCAGGGUGAAAACUAUAGAAAUGGAGUAUCAAAUUACUGUGAUGAUAAAAAAUCAAAAUUUAACAUGAACAAGGAAGAGAUGCCUGAGAAUUCUACUACUGAACGCAUUAUUCCAAUUACGAUACAAUAUAACGAUUUUCGUAAAAGUAAUUUCGGACAGAGCGAAAAUACUCAAGGCAAAUUUGCUCGCACGCCUGUUUACCAGACAUCGACUGAAGAACAUAGUGUAGAAGAGGCUAGUGAGGUAUUGUCAGCCAGACCACCCGUGAAAUCUCCGAGCACACCUUCUAACGUCACGACUCCGACGAAACGUAAG